AUGUGUCCGUUGUGUGGGGGAGUUGGAGUCGAUAUUGUCGACGAGGAAAGCGAUGAGGGGCACGAAUCUUCGGACAAACAGACGGAAUCGGAAGCUGCUACCUCUGAAAUUCUCGCAGCACCAUCUAAACUACUACCUUCCGAUAAGCUUGAAGAGGUAUCAGUCCCGCUAUUUACAGUUGAUGCAUACAAGCAAAAGCAGAGGAGAAUGAGAGGCCGCAUUGGCGACGUUUUUUAUGCCACGUCAGAAAAUACGUUUAGUCAAAAGAUGAUUUUUACGGCAUCGGAUGGCAAGAAGUUUGAAGAUCGAGCGGCUUGGCGACUCUAUGAGUUUGAGCUUACGUAUACGUUCCGGAACAAAGUAAAUGAAACAUUGAUGAAGCUUCCGGGACAGAUUGAUGGGCAAGCUUUUGAUGUCUCGGACUUGGAAGGAUGCCAAGUUAUGCUGCUGGACCAUAUUAAUCAAGUCCAAAUCGAUCACUUGUCAAAUUGCCGUGUAUUUGUCGGUCCCAGCUCAGAGUCCGUUUUCGUUCGUAAUUGCACCAACUGUGUAUUCACAAUCGCGUGUAAGCAGCUUCGUACGCGAGACUGCUCGGACUGCUCAAUCUAUCUUUAUUCCUUAACCGAUCCAAUCAUCGAGACAUCCCAGGAAAUGACAUUUGCUCCCUUUAACGGGGCGUACUGCGGAAUCGAACGGAACUUCGCAGAUGCAAGACUAGAACCAACAAACAAUCAUUGGUCUCAAGUCUACGACUUUAAUGACCCAGACAAGUCAGGCGACAAUUGGCGUAUUCUGAAUCGAGAAGAGGAGACAGCGCCAUGGAUUAUAGACAUUGAAUCGCAUAUUCCUGAUGCGGCUACGAAGUUAGGCCCUUGCGUGAACCCAGUGGCUCGUGACUCUGGCUUUGUUCAAUAUACCGACAGUACAUCAUCUGUCACUGGCAGUAUGCAGUCGUUUACAUUCAGCACUUCUCAGAAAGAUGCUAUAAAGGCGAUGCAGACCAGUACGUCCGGCAAAUUAUCUACCAAAGCUGCACCACUAGAGUCAGCAUCGUCUCAAUCUCUUCCUGCUGUACCGUCGACUACACCUCUUGCUCCAAUUGGAGCGCCACUGAUACUCUCGUCUGCCGAAGCAUCUUUCAAUGCAUCGAAGGAGGCUACAAUGGCCAUGCCAGAACACGUAGCACCACCACCAGCAAUGUCAUCAGCUGAAGAUUCGAACUUGAAAGGACAUGGCGUGGACGUUGAUAUAGAACGAGUAGCUGAAAUGGUGGGGAUGAUGAAUAUCGAAAACCCUGUGCGUGCUGCAACCUUGCGUAAGUGGUACGCCAGGAUUUGGUGGCUAGGCGUACAUGUUUACGGCUACGUGUUACUGGGUGUCAAGGGCGAAUUGAGUCCGCAAGUGCUGUCUACCCCUCGUUUCGUAGCGUAUAUAAUUGCGGCAGGAGCGACUAUUAUAUGCUACGGGAUACUGCAAUUCUCGUCACCAGGACAUCUCAAUAAGAGGCUAAUGCUAGCACCUGUGCACGCUACAAUACCAACUGAAGGUAGCAAGUCACCACACGUAGUCACAGAAGAUAGAGACGACACGGAAUUAUUAGGUGACGAACAGGAAAAUGAACAUACGAGGAAUAGCGUGGACUUGCACUUUUGCAACGAAUGUCAUGUGUUUCAGCCAUUGAGAACGAAACAUUGUAAGGACUGCGCUCGAUGUACGAGACAGUAUGAUCACCAUUGUGACUGCGUGGGAACUUGUGUGGGUGAGAACAAUCGUCGCAUUUUCUUGCUGUAUUUGUUUCUUCAGAUUGUCGAAGCAAUUGUGAUGAUUCAAGUGACAUCACAAGCGUUUACAGAGGAAAAUAAUGUGAAUGACUGGUUCAAGACAAACACACUGUUUAUUAUCUUGUGGUUCUUCCUUAUGUGUGUACUACUCAUCGUCAUUCCGCUCUUAAGCUUCCAAGUUUAUCUCAUCUCAACAAACCAGACCUCAUGGGAAUUCUCUCGCCGCUUAUCCAUCACUUACUUACAAAAUCUUCCCGACAAACGCUCUCCAUUCGACCGUGGUGUGCUCCAAAAUUGGGGUGUCUUCAUUACGAAGGGCGACAGCAAUAAGUGGGCCAAGCGGCUCGCUUUGGAAAUGGACCCACCACAAGAAGCAACGUACCAAGACCCGAAUGCCAACAAUCAGAAAUUAUCAUUUGCGUCGUUAGGAGACGAAAGAGCUGAAGUGGCGUUGACUGUGGUGAUACCUGCGUACAAUGAAGAGCAGCGCAUUCUGGUCACCAUCAAGGAUACGAUUGUAUUCUUGGACGAAAAGAAACAAAAGGAUCCUCUAUUCACGUACGAAAUUAUCAUUGUGGAUGAUUGCAGUACGGACAAAACAGUAGAAGUAGUUAUGGAUGAGGUGCAAAAGUACUCAGUGGAACGUGUUCGCCUCUUAAAGUUGCAACACAAUCAUGGAAAAGGUGGAGCAAUUCGCAAAGGCGUCAUGCGAUCGAGAGGUGAACGGAUACUGUUUAUAGACGCAGACAAUGCUACGGAGAUUCGAGAUUAUGACAAAUUGGCUAAGGCGAUGGACGAAGUUGCAAGCUCGAAGGGUGUAGUCGUAUGCGGGAGUCGUGCUCAUCUUGAAGAGCAAGCGAUCGCUAAGCGAAACCCGCUCCGAAACCUGCUGAUGCAUGGCUUCCAUUUGAUUGUAUCUACUUUUUGCAUCAAAAAUGUACGAGAUACGCAGUGUGGGUUUAAACUCUUUGAUCGUACAGCAGCACGAAUACUAUUUGCACCCAUGCAUAUUGAGCGAUGGGCAUUUGAUGUCGAACUUCUCUAUCUUGCUGCUAGCAAAAACAUGACAAUUAAGGAGGUCGCGGUACAGUGGACAGAGGUGCCAGGUUCCAAACUUGGUGUGGUCUCAGCGACAAUCACGAUGCUGCGAGAGAUCAUUCUCAUUCCAUUGUGUUAUACACUCGGUAUUUGGAAGAGUAGUGAUGGUGGCUUUCGUCUCGCAAAAAGAUUGUGA